UUGUGCUUCCAUUCUCAAUGGUCUUGAUAUCUAGAUGAAGAUCUCGUGGAUGGGUCCUGAUUGAAUUGGAGCGUUCAAUCUCAUUGUUCUCGACCAUAUCUGCGCACAGAAGGAUCUUUUGUGAAUUACUCCCUGCCAAUCAUCGAUAAUGUCUUCUUCAAGAGGACGUGGCCCGCAGAGAAGUCCUCAUGUCCUGGUAACCGAUUCCCGCGAACAACAGCUAUCUGGUCAGCCCCGUCGUCGCCGCUCCCCAGCUACCCGCUUCAUCACCGUCGACAACGUCCUCCAAUACGCCUCGGAUAUCCCCUCCAUGCAACAACGGAACCCACCCGACGCCACCCGAUUCCGUCCACGCUCCCGUCUCAUAUCCACAGCCGGCGGAUUAAUCGGGUCUAGCAGCGCUGGCAUAAGCAGCGGCAGCCAUGCGGGCAGCACGGCCGCACGACUCGCCGCACAGCCGCACCUACCACCGCGAACCACCAAAGUCAGUGAGAAACUCGUUCUUCUCCCCGAGGAAGGCGUCGAACCUCAUCCGGGAGAAGAAGAGGACGAAGCAGACGAAGAAGAAUUUGACCACGAUUACGGCGACGAGGCCGUGGACGAGGAAUUCGUCCAGCGGAUAGCAAAGGAGAAAAGCCUCGACCCGGAAUCUGUACGACAGACGCUGAUCGCGCAACGGAGAUUGGGCGGGGACUUUGGUGUUGAUAAUGAGCUUGCCCCGCUUUUGGCCGAGGAAGAACGAUUCCGGCGCAGGAAGGUUGCGCCGGAGAGGGCGAAGAGCUAUGCGGAGAGGUUGCCCAAGGCGCGGCGCGCGGAAAAGCUGGCUCGGGUGACGGCUUAUUGCACUGCUCAGGCUUAUAAGAUGACGUCGCUGGCUUCGUUUGUGAAAGAUCGACAUGGCGGGAGGACGAAGUUGUAUGAUGAUUGCUUGUAUACGGCGUAUCAUUUGCCAUUGUUGCCUGGCCAUGAAGGGUACCGGCUGCGGAGUAGUCCGGUGGUCAAGAAGCCGGGUGGGAAGUCUUUGCUGGACGAGGAAAUUGAACGAAACGAGCUACGAGACCACCAUGAGGAAUACAUGGAACCGGAGGAACACUCGGUCUUUGCGGGUCACGAGCCUGUCACCCAGUAUGUGCAUAGCAACCCGCAAGAACCAGAGUCCGGAGAAAGAGCAGGAGACAUCAACGGUGCAAGCGCAAGCCCCAACCAGCCGCAACGACUAUCCCCGGGCGCCGCAGCGGCUUCCAGCCUUCCAUAUAACGUGGCAGAGAUGUUCGUCUUCAGCUACGGUGUGGUCGUGUUCUGGAACCUCACGGAGAAACAAGAAAAGGAUAUCCUCGCGGAUCUGGCAUUCGCUACUUCAUCUGCGACAGGUACCCCAUUACCUCUGGCAACUAUGCCUCUCCAGGAGGAGGACUUUGAGACAGAAGAGUUUCACUUCGAGUACUCCACCGAGAUCUCGCGCCCGCGGGUUUACAACGACAUGAUCACUCUCCGAAGCGGUGACCACAUGAUCAAGCUGGCGAUCAGCCACGGCAUCGCGCAGAGCACGAAACUGUGCUUUUUUGAAGAAGUCAUGGCUCGUCAAAUGGCCGAAGCUAAGGAUGUGCCGCGCCGUCUUGCAAUGACGGGCCAGCUCGGCAUGAAGCGCGAAGAAGUCUUCCGCAUCUUAGGCAGACUAUUUAAGAGUCGAGUCGAGGUCAACCUCUCUUCAAACGUUCUCGACGUUCCCAAUUUCUUCUGGGAAAGUGAACCGACCCUGUACCCACUGUAUCUCGCCGUCCGCGAAUACCUCGAAAUCAAACCCCGAAUCCAAGUCCUCAACGAACGGUGCCGUGUCUUCCUGGAUCUCGCAGAGAUUCUUUCCGAUUCUAUCGCAGAUAGUAAAACAUCUCACCAAACCUGGAUCAUCAUUGUUUUAAUCCUGAUCUCCAUCGUCAUCACCACAUCCGAAGUCUUCCUCCGGUUCGGUAUCCUCUCAGCAGAAAAGGGGACCUCUGCUGCAACGUUCGCGGGAACAUUGUUUACCAGAGCGUUGCGGCAUCCUUCAUCGUCGGCCUCCUUGGAGUGCUCUUGUUCUUGUCCUGGGGGGGAUUAAUUCGACGGGCCUGUGUAACCUCGAUUAUUCUCUACUUGCUACUUGCUAUGAAUCUAUCUACCUAGCUUACCUUCUCCAAGUAAGGUAGGAUGGUAACCAACAGAUCAUACUUUUUUUUUUAACAUCACUUUAAUUUUUAAUAUAAUCUGCUAUAAAUGAC